ACGCGGCGCGUCAUCACGACCGGUCCUCAGUCUUCCCUCGUUUGCUCCUCGGCACGCCACGUUCCUCGCGUUCUCGGUUCAUGUUCUCGUGUCACGAUGGCGGCGAAAAGCACGAUGCUAGACUCAGACUGUAUGACCCUUACGAGAUUCGUGUUGGCGGAGCAGCGUAAAGUACCGACCGCGACCGGCGACCUCAGCCAGCUGCUCAACAGCAUACAAACCGCCGUGAAGGCCGUCAGCUCGGCCGUGAGGAAGGCCGGCAUUGCCAACAUGUACGGUAUCGCCGGCAAUACCAACGUCCAAGGCGAGGAAGUCAAGAAGCUGGACGUUCUGAGCAACGAGCUCUUCAUCAACAUGCUGACGUCCUCUUUCACCACGUGUGUCCUCGUGAGCGAGGAGAACCAGCACGCCAUCGAGGUGGAGACGGAGAAACGCGGCAAGUACAUCGUGUGCUUCGACCCGCUCGAUGGCUCGUCCAACAUCGACUGCCUCGUUUCGGUGGGCUCGAUAUUCGGAAUUUACAAAAAAGCCGAACAAUCCGGGGAAUCCGGCACGGUCCAAGCAGCCCUUCAACCGGGACGCAACCUGGUCGCAGCGGGAUACGCUCUUUACGGCUCGGCGACCAUGAUAGUGCUCUCCAUCGGUCACGGUGUUAACGGAUUCACGUACGAUCCGGCCAUCGGGGAAUUUAUACUGACCGAGAGGAACAUGCGUCUGCCUGCCAGGGGCGAUAUAUAUAGUAUUAACGAAGGCCACGAGGGUGCCUGGGACCCCUGUAUUAAGGAAUAUAUACGCACGAAGAAAUAUCCCGUGAGCGGAAAGCCAUAUAGCGCCAGAUACGUGGGCUCCAUGGUCGCCGACGUGCACCGGACGAUUAAAUAUGGCGGUAUCUUCUUGUAUCCCGCAACCAAGAGCAAUCCCAAUGGCAAGCUGCGACUACUGUACGAGUGCAUACCGAUGGCGUUUAUAAUCAAGAAAGCCGGUGGUCUCGCGACAAACGGCAAAAUUGAUAUUCUGGACAUCGUGCCGGAGAGCAUUCAUCAGAGAUCGCCCAUUUUCUUGGGCUCUAAGGACGACGUUGACGACGUGAUGGCGUGUAUAAAAAAUCACGUCCGACAGUGAAGCAAUCUCGUGGAGCGGGCGAUCUCCAAACGAUUAUAUCUGUUUUGAUACCUCAAAUUAUUGUCUCAAAUUGUUGCCUCAAAUUGUUGCUCAAUUUCCCAAUAAAUAAAUCAAGUGUUUUCUUUUUUA